GCAACACACAAGCAACCACCCACGCAGACCUCCCGUUUCUCCGCCAUCUAUAACACCAAAAUUCCAGUACUAAAAAGCCUCCCAAAACCGCGAUCGUUAUCUAAAUAAUCGAGAUUCAGCGGAAUUCUUCGUUUCAGCUUGUCUCUAGCGGGCGGGCGCCUCGAGUGAUGCAAUCAUAAACCACCCGCCCCGAUACUCGAGAUACUUUUCGCGCCUAACACAUCGGCACCGGAUAGCUUUGGCCAAAGUGCUGGCUCCCCCGCAAGAUGGCGUGGACCAUCUUUAGGAUAGCGGCCGACCUGUCGCACAUUACCGCGAAAUGCAUCCUCGUGUUCUCCAUCCACCGAAACAGAAGCUCCGAGGGCGUCUCUCUCCUGACGCAGCUCUUCUACGCCCUCGUCUUCGUCACCCGCUACACAGACCUCUUCGAAGAAUCGUUCGCGUGGAACUACUUCUUCAAGGUCUUCUACCUGCUCUCGUCCUUCUACACAAUCGCAAUCAUGCGCUUCGUCUACCCGCGAACCCGCGAGCGCGAGGUGGCCUGGAAGCUCAGCGCCCUGAUCCUGACCGGGUCCCUGUUCCUGUCCCCCUUCAUCAUGCUCAUUUUUGACCCGAGCAGGAUGUGGGGUUUCCGAGAGUGGCUCUGGGUCUUCUCCCAAGUCCUCGAGUCCGUCUGCGUCCUCCCGCAGCUCCUGCUGCUCCGCCAGACGACCGUCCCCACCGUCAUCACCUCCUUCUACAUCGUCUUCCUGGGCUCCUACCGCGGCCUCUACCUGAUCAACUGGAUCCUCAAGGAGCUCGACACCAACAUGAGGAAGCCGAACCCCAUCUCGGUCAUCUUCGGCGUCGUCCAGACCGCCCUCUACCUCGACUUCGCCUGGGUCUACUGGUCGCGCCAGCGCGUCAAGCUCCGCAACGGCGGCGUCGUCGACGCCGACGACCUGUCCCGCGGCUGGCUGCUGCGCCGCAUCUUCGGCAGCAAGCGCUUCGCGCGCGACAUUGACGGCGCCGACGCCAACGACGACGACGAGGAGAACGCCUUCAACCACCACCACGUCCACGGCGGCGGCAGCGUGCGGCCCAAGUGGGGAUCCCGCGGCAUCUCUAUCAGCGCCGACGAGGGCGUGCUGGAGCACGAACGCGAGCGCGGCAGGGCGUUGGCUGACGACGACGACGACGACGACGACAACGACGAAGAGCACGGCGUGACCGCCUCCCUCGACCCGGACGCCAAGAUGCGCGAUCCGGACGAGCUCGCGCGGGCGCUGGACGAGGAGGACGACGAGGACCCGGCGGGCGCUGCUGCGCCCGGGUCCUCGGCGUCGCAGCAAAAAAAGGGCAAGGAGCUGCACACCGACGCCAACGGGAUGCCGAGCGGCGUCAGGAAUGACGAGUGGGAUGACGAUUGAAGGGAGAUUCUGAAGUCUGAGAAAGACUGGAGCAGAACUCUCGCCGACACAGGUCGUUGGUCGGAGGGCGGUUUGGUGCGUGGAAUUAAUAUACGGGUAUCCUGGAAUCUGUGCUCUACGGUGUAAAAAAUGUAUCCCCAAGGAUUUGUUUUUGGUCUAGUAGCAUACAAGCUGGGUGUCGGGGUGUUGGGCGGUUCGAACUACCAAUGUACAGCGAUCUGUAGCACGCGACCCAUUUCCUUACGCGUGCACAUCAUGUGCUUCUGAAGACCGGAAGAAGCUCUCGAGAAAGGAGUCGAGCAAGGGAGGCGUACACUACUUCCGACGGUCCUAACGGAUGACACAGUACGAGCACCCGCGAGAGAUUGCUAUAUACGAUGCGCAUUUCUCCGUCGAAAACGUCGUCACGGUUGGUGGUUCGGGUUUUAUUCAUUCCGCGAUAGCGUCGCCUGUCAUACUAGUACAGCCAAGAUAUACACACAGCUUCAGUCUUGAU